AUGAUUAUGGUAAUGAUAUGAUUCGAUGCAAGAUGGUAAUAAAUAUGGUAGAUCGUUGAUGAUGCUUAGGAGCGUUUCCGUUCACAGGUUCGGUAUGACGACGAGGACGAGGACGAGGGUCCUCAGCCGGAUCCGAUGCUCGAGCAAGGAGCACCGAUCCCGGUCCGACUGCACAACGAAUUUCCACCCGAGUUGGCCUCCACACCUCUCGAGGAUAUCGAUAGCUUCUAUCAUAACCAAAGGACCUUCGUCGUCAUCAGCAAGGGAAAAGACAUAUUCAGGUUCUCAGCGACAGAUGCGAUGUGGAUCCUCGACCCGUUCAACCCGAUACGACGUGUGGCCAUUUACAUAUUGGUUCACCCACUCUUCUCCCUCUUCAUUAUCACUACAAUAUUGGUUAACUGCAUACUCAUGAUCAUGCCCACUACGCCCACCAUCGAGUCUACG